UGAUCUGGGCAUCAUAGCUGGAUACCUGGCUGCAAUUAUAAAAUGUCUUUCUCUGGAAAGUAUGAAGUGGAGACUCAGGAGAAUUACGAUGCUUUCUUGAAGCUUAUUGGCAUUCCUGAUGAAGCCAUUGAAAAGGGAAGAAAUUUGAAAAUGGUCACAGAGGUAGUACAGAACGGCAAUGACUUCACCUGGUCCCAGAUCUAUCCAGGUCAAACAACGACAAACAAGUUUACCAUUGGACAAGAGUCUGAUAUGCAGACAAUGAGUGGUAAAAAGUUCAAGGCAACUGUUAGACUUGAAGAUGGGAAGCUAGUGGUUGAUUUUGAAAAAUACCACCACACGUCGGAAAUUGUUGGUGGAAAACUAGUAGAGACAUCCGUGGCUGGUGGUAUUACCUUUAAGAGGACAAGCAAGAAGCUGGCAUAAAGAGUGUCCGCUGCUUUAUUUUCUGGAAUAAGAAAUUCAAUAAAAUACUUUGCUUUUUCUCAUUGCUUCAGCAUUAUGCACCUAUAGUCAGUAGGAACACAUAGAGAUUCACUGCACAGGCUGUGUCAAGGUUUAUAAUGCAUAAUGCGAGCUUCAUAUAAGACCACCUCAAAGAUUCCAUCUAUUUUAAUUUUAGUUACGUUUUCAAGCAGUACCGAACAUCAAAAAGUAAUGUAGCAGUAGUACUUAUAAUGUGAUUGUGAAUGUGUUGCACUAUUCUUAUUUACACUUUCACCAAAUCAUACAAAUCACACUAGACUUAAAGGGACAUUAUAGGUACCCAGACCACUUCAGAUCAUUGAAUAGGUCUGGGUGCAGUGUCCCUGUCCCCUUUAUUCCUGCAAUGUAAAGCAUUCAGGGCAGGAUGCACUGAGAAAGGUCUUGUUGCUCAAAACGUUUGCUAAAUAUCUUUGUUCUUCAAUAAAUGUGGUACUUGUUGCACAGCA